AUGGACAAGGCGCCGCUGUCUCCCUCGCGACUCUCGAGGCAGUCGACCUCCACAAGGCGAGUGAAAGAGAAAGCCGCGGCCAUCCGCAAGAGUUUCCAACGGCCGAAAUUGUGGGUCACAGGCUUUGGCUGGUGCCUGGCAUCCUGUGCGGGGGCUGCCAACAUCAUUGCCUUCAAGUGCUUUGGACACUACGCCUCUCAUGUGACUGGCAGUACUUCCGCCAUGGCCUUUCGCCUUGAAGGCUAUCAUCAAGGCGAGUAUGGUUCCGAGUCCCUGAAAGAGGCGUGCUCACUGGUCUUGUGCUUCCUGGCGGGUGCAUAUACCUGUGGAAUCUUGAUUGACAAGAACCAGGUGCACUUUCUUGGGAAGGCUUUCUAUGGGAUGGCACUGGUGCUGAAUUCUGCUUUGCUGGUUUUGGCAGCUUUCGUCCCUGGCGUACUGGUGCCGACCUGCUUCGUAGCUGCUGCUUGCGGCUUACAAAAUGCAAUGUGCACAUCUCACUUCGGCGCCAUCAUCCGCACCACUCACGUGACAGGCACGGUGACGGACAUCGGAUCUACCAUGGGCCGCAUCAGCAUGAUCUGGCUACGAAG